GUUUUCGUGUGUGAGAUUAAUGUUGGGCGAAAUUAGCACUAAAAUGAACAGAAGCACGCAAAAAUAUAAGUAUUAAGUAUCUAUCCAUCUAUCGUUUCCUAAUAAUAACCAAUAUGAUCAGAUAAACGUGAAGGAAGAGAAGCAGAGAUUUUGUCAACUUGCUCAACUCUAUUUCAUGUUUUCUUUAUGAACGAUAAUAUUGAUUGAUUGUGAAACCGAAAAGUACUUAAAAAUUUGAAAGCCCCAUUGUAAACGUCGUAUCCGGCUUGAAACGUUGCGCGCUAGCCCCGGUGGUUCCACCCAUAUCAUUUAAAACUCUACUCGCAGCUACGACAUUAAUCGCGAUUCUCAUAUUUGACUGAAAUUAUUGCUCGCAAACAGACAGCACCGAGUUGUUGGCCGACUUUACUUCGUUCGCGAUUGAUGCACUUUUUCUGCAAGUACUGUGCAGCAUGUUUAACACUGUACCACCAGUCGUCCGGCCGUGGCGUAGAUCAUCCGAAGCACGUAUGCGGCACGAGCGACGGCGGCGGCGCAGCAGCAGCAGCAGCAGCUCCAAAAUUAGUAAAUAAAGAUGGUGCCUCGACAGAAGAGGUCCGCUCCGUGUCCUCGCUCAUAAAAUGUCGCGCAAAACGAGACGGAAGAUGGGUUCGCGGCCCUGUGCCGUAUCGAAGCAGGUCUAGGCGUCCCCGUCGUCCUCCUCAUCGUCCUCGUCAACAUCGUCGACACUGGUAAAACCGAAGGAGGAGAGCAGAGACAACGUUUAAGGGACAGACAAGUGUAUACGUCGCUUAUCUGUUCCUUCGCGACGAGAUCGAACGACGAUUACAAAAAAUUUGCCAAAAUGGUUGACGGCGAAGCAAGUAUUCACAACAUAAUGGGUGGUAUGGAGAGCACUGGCGGUGUGCGUCUUCAUAACCACAAAAGAAAAUUAAAACAAAGGUUUGACAUAAUAAAGAAACUGGGUCAAGGCACUUACGGCAAAGUACAAUUGGGAAUUAAUAAGGAAACGGGUCAAGAGGUGGCGAUAAAGACGAUAAAGAAAUGCAAAAUUGAAACGGAGGCUGAUCUUAUCAGGAUAAGAAGGGAAAUACAAAUUAUGUCGAGUGUACAGCAUCCCAACAUUAUUCACAUUUACGAAGUAUUCGAAAACAGGGAGAAAAUGGUGCUUGUGAUGGAGUACGCAGCUGGUGGUGAACUUUAUGAUUAUCUGAGCGAGCACAAGGUCUUGACUGAGAUGGAGGCGAGGCGCAUAUUUCGUCAGAUAUCCACUGCCGUAUUUUAUUGUCACAAGCACAAGAUUUGCCAUCGCGACCUCAAACUCGAAAACAUACUUUUGGAUCAAAGCGGGAACGCCAAAAUUGCUGACUUCGGCCUAUCAAACGUCUUCGACGAGCGGAGAUUAUUGAACACCUUCUGCGGCAGUGCCCUGUACGCGAGUCCCGAAAUAGUCAACGGGACACCGUACCACGGUCCCGAGGUCGAUUGCUGGAGCCUCGGUGUACUUUUGUAUACUCUUGUUUACGGUGCCAUGCCCUUCGACGGGACCAACUUUAAGAGGCUAGUCAAACAGAUCUCCGAAUCUGAUUAUCGCGAACCUAAAAAGCCAUCACGCGCAUCCCCUCUGAUAAAAGCCAUGCUGACGGUGAGUCCUUCGCGGCGAGCGGAUAUCGAAAAAAUCUGUACGCACUGGUGGGUGAACGAGGGCUACGAACAGAAUUGCUUGGACAUAGCCGAAGAUCUUGCCGCACAAACCCCCGUUCGGCUGGAUUUACUCCUCUCGCUUGUCCCGCAGUCGGCAAGCGCCGAGAAGCUCGUGGUAGGCAGCGACCAGCCAUCACAGCCACCGGACAUCGCUGACAACUUGUCCACGGAGGCGUUGUUACCUACCAGAUGCCACUCGGUUGGCAGUCUAAUGGAGCUAGACCAGAACAACUCCGACAGAAGGAUCAGGGAAAUGGUGCAGCAGGAGUCGAAGGCUCAAGCUAAGACGAAGAUAACUCCGGUCGUCGACUCUAAGAGGAAACUCGAGACGACUCCAUCCACUGAAGAAACAACUGCUAUUGGUGUUAAGAGAAAAGAGCGCACCAAGAAGAAGGAGGCCAUUGAUGAUAGGGAUUCUAAAGCGUAUAGAACUACCACAAAGCAUCAUUCGGCACCAAUACCAAACUCCAUAGUGGAAGAAGCAAUGGAUAUAGAUCAAAGUGUGGUGAUAUCAGUUCCUACAAGUAAGACUGUCGAUUUAAAGAAAACUGGCGAUUCCAUGACUUGUUUAGAAAUAGUAGAUGGGAAUCGGGAAGAAAAAUCACCUAAUAGAGAACGUAGAAAAACUCUCGCUUCAUCCGAUUUAAUUCAAGUGUCAGGCAAUAAUGUAACUGAAAGCGAGACCGUACAUGAUAUUGCGACUCUUCCCAAUGAAUCGAAUGAAACGAAAGGAACGCAGCAGGAGUUGGUGUGUUCCUCUCCUAAAAAAACCGUCUCACAGCUGCAAACGGAAGAGAGAGACGCUACGAUGGUGGAUGUGCUAAAAGAAAAGAGUCCAUCGAAAAUUAACGAAGCCAUUAACAAUAAAGCUUGUAUGCCGAAAGAUACAGUGGAAAAACCCGACGAAGUCCAAAAGCGAACGAACGUGACAAAGAAGUUGCGAAACAAAUCGCUCUCGCUCGAUUGUGAUUUGAUCUCGGACGACUCGGCUCCAAAGCCCACGACCGAGCGUCGAAGAUCUAAGAUUUUCGAGACCGCGGAGAAAUUUAACCAGCUCGCAUCACCGGUCGAGCCUGAAAAGCCUAAAAAGAUCUUUAUCCCGGGUGUGAACGUUGGUGGAGCCAAACUUGUGUUUGAAAGGAAGGCGAGUCUAUCGUCGGCCACGGUACCGCAAACCAUCAAGGCUCCAGUAUCCAAGGUAAUCAUCGACGUGCCGACGUUCGAUAAGCAACCCGAGAACGGAAAAUCUCUAGAGGCGGAUAUAAAGAAGGAUAGGAGACGCGACGAGGAAAAGAAGCGAGCCGUAGAUAUUAUAACUGGGGCCUUGGGUAAGCCACCGAUGUUGAGAAAAGCUAGCGGAUCGCCGCCAAUUUCACCUCAAAGCAUUGAAACUAAGAAGUUGGGUCUCAAGAUCCCUCUCGGUCCAAACGAUGUUAGGAAUGCGACAAUCACUGUGACAACGCCAACGGAAACCAAAUUCCCAUUUGAGCCAAAAUCAGAACUGCAUAACAAAGCCGUGAUCGUGAGCUCGGAUACGUCGAGCCACGACGAGAUAUCCAAGUCGACGGCCGACGAACCAAAGAAAUGCAGCAAAAUGGAAAUAACGCUGAAGAGUGCGACGCUUCCCCGGCCCCACAAAACUAGCAAAGCCGAGAUUAUACUGGCGGGCCCGAGACCCAUGGACGUAGCUUUCCGCUCGGAGAUCGAGGCCAAGAUCGACGCUUUCCAUCCGCAGAAACUGCGCAGUCAGCGCUCGGAGGUUGCCUUCCCAGUAAACGCUGCCGUAUCUAACUCGACCUCGCACCGCAGCUCGAGCCUCGAACCGGCGGCGCGAGCGACCAAUCGGGGCUCCUUUGGCGAGCGCCUCAUACCGAUUCAGAUAGAGCCGACACCCCAGCUGGCGACCGUUCACUCGACGACGCCACCACCCAAACCCCCGAUGCCCCAACGCUCGCUCUCCCAGCGCUCCAACUCCCUCUCGCGGCAGUCGACCGCCGACUCGGACACGGACAGCGCGCUCGGCUCGACCGUCGGUCCCGAGCCCAUCAGGAAGAGCCCCAGGGAGUACAUAAUACCGAUCGCCGUCGAAGGCGGGGGCUACGUUACACCCCGCUCGGGUAGUCUCGAGCCCGAGAGUAAAAACGGCACGCCCACCAGCGUCAAUCCGCCGAGGUCGAGGUUCGGCAGGCCCAGGAGGAUGGGCUCGCUCCUGUCGGACGCUAGCGAGGAUGAGUCGCCCUUCUCUUCACUACAUAGGGAUAACGAGGACUUACUACAGAGGCACAUGCAUCGGUUGAGGAGCUCGCGACCGCCACGACAAGCUCCCGAGCACGCGGACAGCCUCUCGUCCGGGGAAGACGACGACGACGACGGCUUCGAGCUUCUCACCGCCGAGAAUUUGUUCUCUACCCUCCUGUCGCGAGUGAGAAGUCUCACCCAGAGGCUCAACGUCGACGACAACAGAUCCAAUAGUGGCUUCCCGAGCAGCAGAAUACUCGGCAGGCUGGGCUCCAACUCGUCUCAAGGAUUCUGGGGAGCGCACGAGCCACUCUCGAGACGGAUAUCAGACUCGCAGUUCCGACGCUCGAUGAGCCGCGACAAUAGCUUUGGCCGCAAGGAAUCCAGCGGAGCCAACAGUCCAAUAACCCAGCAGAACAGUCCGGGGACGCGAACGUCCUCACGGGACAGCCUCUUCGACAUGGGGAGCAACACUUUACCAAGAGCUAAAGGUCAGCAGGCCCAGCAGCAGCAGCAGCAGCAGCAGCAGCAGUCCCCGGGCGAGUCGCGCCGUAGUCCGGAGCCGAGCCCCGAGCUGAAUUUCACGCCGAGCCUCGCCCGACGGCUUAGCCGACACUUCAUCGAGCGGACCCGCCAGUCCCUGCCCCGCGAUGCCACCUAUCUCGGCCCCUUCCCCCCCGGCUUCGACGGGCCCGAGCGGCUUCGAAGCCGCUCUCAGGAGCGCGCUUCCGCUGGCAUGAGACGCGCCAACAGCCUCCUGGAGCCCAGCCUCUGCAGGCCCGAAAGACGCUCGCCCCGCAGAAGCAUCAGCCUUUUCGACGACGAGGAUCGUUAUCUGCCGCCCCUGCCCCUUGGUCGCAAGUAUCGGGACUCGAGCAAACUCAGCACGACACCCAUCGUCGUCGAGAAGAUUCAGGAAGAGCCGCCGGAGGAGCCGUCGUCCCCGAGGGACGGGCGCCUCGAGGCCACGUCUAUCUCGGCCUUCGAUUGCCGGGAAGCAGCGACCCCGGGCGACGACACCUCACCCAUCGGCUCCGCCUCCACCUGCCACGCGUUCGAGCGCGGCUCGUCCUGUAGGAGCGACGCCGGCGACGACGGUGGCUCCUUCGACGAUCCUCUCAGCAGCAGGGAGCUCCACAGCAGACUGCUCGCCGCUGAGAAUCUGAUUAAGGAAUCCAAAUUGAAGAAUCUCGGCCUCGUCGCUUUCAAUCCUAAUCUGAGCUCGAACUACAGAGAGCUGGAGAAGUGCGACAAGGAGUUCCUCGGUGCCAUGUCCGAGACGGCGAGUGCCGCGAUAGCCAAGAGGCGAAGCUGCAUUCCCAGUUUGAGGCUGAGAUCCGGCUCCCUCGGCAGGGAGAGCUCGCUGAACGGCGAUAGAAACGGCGAUAGAAACGGCGAUAGAAACGGCGAUAGAAACGGCGAUAGAAACGGCGAUAGAAACGGCGAUAGAAACGGCGAUAGAAACGGCGAUAGAAACGGCGAUAGAAACGGCGAUAGAAACGGCGAUAGAAACGGCGAUAGAAACGGCGAUAGAAACGGCGAUAGAAACGGCGAUAGAAACGGCGAUAGAAACGGCGAUAGAAACGGCGAUAGAAACGGCGAUAGAAACGGCGAUAGAAACGGCGAUAGAAACGGCGAUAGAAACGGCGAUAGAAACGGCGAUAGAAACGGCGAUAGAAACGGCGAUAGAAACGGCGAUAGAAACGGCGAUAGAAACGGCGAUAGAAACGGCGAUAGAAACGGCGAUAGAAACGGCGAUAGAAACGGCGAUAGAAACGGCGAUAGAAACGGCGAUAGAAACGGCGAUAGAAACGGCGAUAGAAACGGCGAUAGAAACGGCGAUAGAAACGGCGAUAGAAACGGCGAUAGAAACGGCGAUAGAAACGGCGAUAGAAACGGCGAUAGAAACGGCGAUAGAAACGGCGAUAGAAACGGCGAUAGAAACGGCGAUAGAAACGGCGAUAGAAACGGCGAUAGAAGCGGCGAUAAAAGCGGCGAUAAAAAUGGCGAUAAAAGCAGCGAUAAAAGGGACGGCCCUCAGGAGGUAACACCCGAGCGCUCGCUGCUCAGCAAAAUCUUCGGGAGCGGGACGGAGGACGCAACGAAGGACCGGUCGGAGACGCAGCCGAAGUCGAAGCCGCGUCAGCGCAGAAUCUCGAGAUUCCUCAGACCGGACUUUUUCGAUACGCCUCGCGAGGAAAGCCAGUACGUUAAGGAGAAGGAGGCUCUCAAGGCGGCGGAAAACGAGCGCCGCAAGUCGCGCUUCAUGAAGAGAAAGAGCGAGGCCCGGGCCCAGGGUCCGGACGAGCGGCCGGACAAGGACGGAACUAACGUGACGAGCGCGACGGGAAAGGGCGCCGAGGACGAGGGCCGGGCACCGAGCGUCAAGGCCAGCUUCCUCCAGACCCUUGAGCGCAAGCUCGAGAAGUUCCGCUACGCGGACGAUGCUUCCAAGGCCAGUGGCAAGCCCGAGCAGCCCGAGUCCAGCGCCACGGUUAAGCGGACGAGCAGUGCGAGCGACCUUUCAACGAGCAGCGGCUGCGCCUCGGCCAAGCUACCCCCCAAGAGCAAGGUGAAUUCGGUGCUGGGCUUGUUUAAGAACAACGAGCCGAAGGUCGAGCAGAGCAAUGGCCCGAGCUCGUCGCGGGCCCACGGGCAGACGAUUUUAAGCCGACUGAGGAAGAGCCCGUACAAGGGCUCGAGCUCCGACGGCGUUCUCGCGGCCGACGGCAAUGCCAGCAAAAUCCCCACCAAGCUGUCGAAGGCCGAUGGGAAAUCGUGGAAGAAGCCGAGCGAGCCCGGCAAGUGCCCGGAUAGGGCAGCGCCAGGCUUCAAAAGGUCCCCGUCCAAGGAGAAGGAGGAGGCCUCGUCGCCCAAGAGAAUCAGCCCCGUGGCGAAAAAGCCCGCCAUGGAAAGAUUAUCAAAGUCGUUGAAGAGGAGCCCGGAGAAAGUCUUGAAGGGAAAGGCGGAGAAGGACGAGAGGUCGGUGGAGGGCAAGAAAGAUCCCUCGCCGAUCAAAAUUUUGGAGAAAAAGAAGUCGACGGAUGGGGCGAUAGUGAAAAAAAAUUGCUCACCCGACAAUUCGCCGUUAAAGUGCAAGUCACCCGAGAUUAUUUUGGACAAUAAGCGGCUCGACGAAACGAACGGUGAAGAUGAUAAUAGAGAUGAGAAGGGUGGGGGAAAAUUGAAAAAGAAAAUACCGCCCCCGGCUGUCGCGAUUGAUAAUACGAAUACUUCAAGCGCGAGGUCGGAUAAUAGCGAGAGCGGCAAGGGGGUUAAGAAAGUUUUUAAGCCGAAGGAGCCUAAGGCCGAUAAGGACAAGGAUGAAGCUGAGAAUACAAAAAAAAAGCGAAUAGUGCGAGUUCACUGUCGCGAAAACGACUUUAUUAAAGACACAUAA